AUGAUCGGCAAAUCCCAGCACGCACUCAAGCCUUCCCUAGAGGAAGUGCAGUCGGCGCUCCUUUCUGACAACCCCACAGGUAACAUCAUUCCGGUCUACACAUCACUUCCCUCCGACCUGCUCACGCCUGUCACGGCGUAUCUCAAGCUUUCUAAUGGUGCCGACACGUCUCGUCGCUCUUUCCUGUUCGAGUCGGUAACCGGCGGUGAAAAGAUCGGUCGCUACUCGUUCAUCGGCUCAGACCCGCUCAAGAUUAUCCGUACCGGUCCAGGGCUCGAUGUCGAAGGCGACCCGCUUCUCGCCAUUGAAAAAGAGCUGAGCCCAUACAAGUACAUUCCCGUGCAAGGCUUGCCCACCUUCACUGGCGGUGCCAUCGGCUACAUCAGCUACGAUUGCGUUCAAUACUUUGAACCUCGAACCAAGCGCGAGCUCAAGGAUGUCGUCGGUAUUCCAGAGAGCGUUUUCAUGGUCGCCGACUCGUUGAUCGUGUUCGACCACGUCUUUAGCACGGUUCGUUGCGUUAGCCACGUUCACCUUGCGUCGGAGCUUGCCAAGAAUGCAACACCUGCCGAUAUCGAGUCGUUGUACGCAAAGGCAAAUGACAAGGUCAACAAGUUGAUCAGCAUCCUCACUCUGGCUACGACGCCUCUUCCUGAGCAGCCUGCGAUCCUGGCCGGUCAAGAAGCUGUCUCGAACGUCGGCAAAGCAGGCUACGAGGCUUUUGUCACGUCGCUGCGCAAGAACAUCGUCAAGGGAGACAUUAUCCAAGCGGUGCCAUCUCAACGACUCAAGCGUCGCACAACGCUGCACGCGUUCAACUGCUAUCGACAUCUGCGACAGGUGAAUCCUUCACCGUAUAUGUUCUAUGUCGACUGUGGAGAUUGUCAGUUGGUGGGAGCGUCGCCGGAAACGCUGUGCAAGAUCGAGGCUGGUAAGGUGGCGGUUCACGCGAUUGCUGGAACGGUCAAGAGAGGAGCCAAUGAUGUUGAAGAUGCUGAGCUUGCGUCGCAGCUCGCUUCGUCGGUGAAAGAUCAAGCCGAGCAUGUGAUGCUUGUUGAUCUGGCGCGCAACGACAUCAAUCGGGUUUGUGACCCGGCUACGACGCAAGUAGAAUCGUUCAUGAAUGUGGAAAAGUUCUCGCAUGUCAUGCACCUCACCUCGCGCAUCACGGGACAACUUCGUGCUGGCAAGUCGCGCUUCGACGCGCUCCGAUCCAUCUUCCCCGCUGGAACCGUAUCGGGCGCCCCCAAGAUCCGCGCCAUCGAACUUGUCAGCGAGCUCGAACAGGAAAAACGCGGCGUAUACGCCGGCGCGGUCGGCCGCAUCGACUUCGCCCACAACGAGAUGGACGUCUGCAUCGCCAUCCGCACCAUGACCUUCAAAGACGGCUUCGCCUACCUACAGGCUGGUGGCGGCAUCGUCUACGAUAGCAUCGAAGAGGACGAGUACAUCGAAACCAUCAACAAGCUACGUGCCAACAUCAGGUGCAUCGAUCAGGCCGAACAGUAUUAUUCUGCUCAACAGCUUCACCACUGA